GGAAAGCCAGCUAUAGCCCACAGAGAUCUGAAAUCGAAAAAUAUACUGGUAAAGAAAAAUGGAACUUGCUGUAUAGCAGACCUGGGCUUAGCUGUCCGACAUGAUUCUGCUACUGAUACAAUUGACAUUGCACCAAAUCACAGAGUUGGAACUAAAAGAUAUAUGGCCCCAGAGGUACUGGAUGAUUCUAUAAAUAUGAAGCAUUUUGAGUCGUUUAAACGUGCUGAUAUCUAUGCAAUGGGAUUAGUUUUCUGGGAAAUUGCUCGCCGCUGUUCGAUUGGUGGAAUACAUGAAGACUAUCAGUUACCAUACUACGAUCUUGUUCCAUCUGACCCAUCAGUAGAGGAGAUGAAGAAGGUGGUUUGUGAGCAGAAACUGAGACCAAACAUUCCCAAUCGAUGGCAGAGUUGCGAAGCAUUACGUGUGAUGGCUAAAAUAAUGCGAGAAUGUUGGUAUGCCAAUGGGGCAGCACGACUUACUGCUUUACGCAUCAAGAAAACACUAUCACAGCUUAGCCAGCAAGAAGGCAUAAAGAUGUAG